CUGCUAUAUGAGUACAAAUACAAGCUGUUCUAACGAGGGAAACAAGAACAUCAGAAAAGGUCAGAAGAAAAGAAAAGAAAAGAAAAGAAAAGAAAAGAAAAGAAAAGAAAAGAAAAGAAAAGAAGACCUAUGAGAUGUGAUAGUUCCGCUCAUUUCUAAGUAUCAUCACAUAAUAUUGCCAGACAAAAUGACUGCAAUUAGUAAGAGCAGGUUUGCUUUGGUCUCGAUGAAAAUGAUGGUAAUAGGGUCUGCUGUGGGGUCUCAUUACAUUUACACUGGCAGGAUUAAAAUUAGAAACUUCGCCGGAGCUCACGGUCCGUUGAACUGACGCUCCUGGGAUGCGGAGAGGAAGCCGCGCCCACAGAGCGCCUGACGCACAGCGGACAGGGAGCUCAACGCGUCUUCAAAACUCCACCGGGGACACAGAAACACAACUGAGAGGCGAGACUGGAGACUCUCCAGACUCACGGACAGAUACUCAGUCUUGAUCUCAUCAUGCAGACUCCAGCAGGGAGAUGGAGCCGCGGCUGGGGACUUCCAUAAAGAGGAUUUCACUUUGUUUUGUCACCAUCUGAUGCGGGAAACACAGCACGACCACCUACACGGACACAGAGCCUCCAUGUAGCUGAACAAAAUGCCGACUCCUCGGUGAGGGUCAGAAGAUGAACGCCUCCUCCUGCUGUGACCCUCCGGUCAGCAUGUAUCAGCAGAGCUCAGGAUUUGACCUCAACGCCAGCUGUGACUGGCCGGCUCCUCACUGUAACUGGACAUCAGCGGACGGAGCGCCGCAGCUGCCUACCUUUUCCACAGCAGCCAAAGUGAGAGUGAUCAUCACCUUCAUCCUGUGUGGCAUCUCCACUUUCUGCAAUUUGGCUGUGCUGUGGGCAGCCAAUGGCCACAAGCGUAAAUCCCACGUCCGUGUGCUGAUAAUCAACCUGACUGCAGCUGAUCUCUUGGUGACCUUCAUUGUGAUGCCCGUGGACGCAGUGUGGAACAUCACAGUUCAGUGGCUGGCCGGCGACCUGGCCUGCAGGUUCCUGAUGUUCCUCAAGCUACAGGCCAUGUACUCGUGUGCCUUUGUCACGGUGGUCAUCAGUUUGGACAGACAGUCGGCUAUCCUGGACCCUCUGGCCAUCAGCAUGGCUCGCAGAAGGAACAGGGUUAUGCUGACGGUGGCCUGGACCAUGAGCAUCUUGUUCUCAGUCCCUCAGAUGUUCAUUUUCCAUAAUGUGACCAUCACGUAUCCAGCGAACUUCACUCAGUGCACCACUAGGGGGAGUUUUGUCACUCACUGGCAGGAAACAGCGUACAACAUGUUCACCUUCUCCUGCCUCUUCCUGCUGCCGCUGGUUAUAAUGAUUAUCUGCUACACCAGGAUCUUCAUUCAGAUCUCCAAACGGAUGACAAAAAAGAACUUGUCCUCAAAUGAGCCACAUCUCCGUUGCUCAAAGAACAACAUCCCCAAAGCCAGAAUGAGAACUCUGAAAAUGAGCAUCGUCAUAGUGAUCUGCUUCAUAGUCUGCUGGACUCCGUACUACCUGCUGGGUUUGUGGUACUGGUUCUUCCCAGACGACCUGGAGGGUAAAGUCUCUCACUCCCUCACCCACAUCCUGUUCAUCUUUGGACUUUUCAACGCCUGCUUGGAUCCCAUCAUCUACGGCCUGUUCACCAUUCGCUUCCGUAAGGGUCGAAGGAACUGCUACCAGAAAGCCACAGUGAUGUCAGACCAGGAAACUAACAGCACAGUGAUAACAGCGUCUUUGAAAUGUACUGUCACUGCUUUGCCCUCUAAAAGAGGGAUGACCACUGGUGAAAAGGACAACAACUGUGGUCAGGCUGAGCCAAAAUCCUCUGACAGCAGGUGUAUGACUGUGUUCAGUCGAGGAGAAGGAAGACAGACUUUCCAUUUCAACGCUGAGAGCACAAUAUGAUAUAUGAAAACAGAGCAGAAACUGGAAGUUAAAGCAGUCGACUGGUGAAGCCAUCUCACCUUUGUUCAGUGUCAUCUGUAUACUGGACCAGUUUGUUUCACAAUCACGCCAAAUGUGCAUGCACUGAGAGAAAACGAUAAGGAAAACAGAAAAUAUUCAUCAGCUAGCUGUGUAAAUGUGUGUGUAGUGCUUGAGGCUGUUCGUCUUAUUUAAGGGUUAUGUAACAGUGUUCUGAACACGGUAAACAUGUUUGGAGCUGUUUAAUGGUUUCUGUGUUGUGUAACUGGUUCCCAAGUCCACCAUACACAACAUACAGUAACCAGCGUCUGGAAAAAGCUUCAGGACUGAGUGAAAUGUGGAUUGUUAGGUUACACAACAGUACUUGACCACACUGCCAACAGGUCUAUUAGAGAAACUCAAAUGACUGUUACUAUCUUUUCAUCUUUUCAUCUAUUUGCAACAAAUGAAAGGCUGAAGAACCACACAUCCAAGCAAUCAUGUAUGAAAUGCACUUGUGGUAAAAAAAAAAAAAAAAAAAAAAAGAUCAGAACAGAAUAAUGUAGAGAAUUCAGUAUCAGUGCACAAACUUCAUCAUGAAAUUAUCAGUGUUGUUCUACGGAUCCAGAUUAAAUCUAAUCCUGAGUCACUCCAGCUUUUUAUAUGUGAUCUGCUACUUGUCAUUGUUGGGAAAGGACAAAUGUUAUUUAUGGCAUUAAAGGAGCAAUUUGUAAUAUAAGGCUACAUACUUUUCCAAACUGCUGCCCCGCCAGUGGCUCGUUCACCAAACAAUUCCAACACAGCAAAGCAGAUAGCCUCAGUGUACAGCGUGUCACGUCAUACAUCGUCACAAAGCUCCAAUCAUUGUGAUUCAGUUCUGGUAAACCAUUCCAAGAUCAAACCACGUCAGCAAGCUUCAAUCAACAGACAAACCAACAAGCUAACAAACUCCCAUGUAUUCUGUACGUUUUGCCAGCUCAACAAUAAAGUGUGUGGGUGUUUCAGUUGUGCAUCAAACUCCAACAAAAAACAUAUUCUCUUAUCCCCAAAUGUCCGAUAGAUCCAAGUACUAAACACAGUGUUCGAUGAUUAAAUGGUCACAAAUUUGCAAUCUCACUACAACAGCCCAACCCGUGUAGACAGUGACCCAUUCUCUCUUUGUCCUCUCCUCUGAAACACUUACAUGCCAGUUUCUGGAUGAUUGAUGCAUCACAUAGCCAAUGAGAUCUCAAAUCCAGUUUUUUUAAAGGCAAAAAAUUAGAAAUUGUGCAGGUUCAUGUAGUUUUAUGUGCUUUGCUCUUUCUAUAGGCUGUUUUUUUUCCAACUAAACAUUUGUUUCUGACUAUUUUCUAUGCAUUAAGUUAGUGUAA